UCCACCAUCUUGUCUGGCAUCCUGUCUGUUGAAAACACUCAUCACAAGAGCUGCAAUCUACCAAGGAAAUCACCAAACGUUUGCUGACUGAAUUAUCAUGGAGGUUGAAAUUCUGGACAUCAAAAGCCGAAGGGUCUUGUGCACCCUGAGUGAACUGACUCCUUCAUCUACAAUUGCCGAUAUCAAGGAUGCAUAUCAUAAGAAAUUUCCCAAGUUUUAUACUGAGAGGCAAUCAUUCCGUCUUGAGCCAAGGGGAAAGUCAUUAAAAGAUGAGGAAACUUUAAGCUCCAUGGAGAUCAACAGUGGAGGCAAACUGUACUACAAAGACCUAGGUCCACAAAUUAGCUGGACAACAGUGUUUCUGGUGGAAUAUGCUGGUCCCCUUAUCGUCUACAUGCUUCUUUACCUGCGACCUGCUAUUGUGUAUGGGGCUGGUGCAGCUGAGAAACCUUAUGCACCUGUUGUACAUAUUGCAGCAGCUUGUUGGUCAGGACACUAUGCAAAACGUUUGUUAGAGACAAUUUUUGUUCACCGGUUUUCCAAAGCAACAAUGCCAUUGUUCAACAUAUUCAAGAAUUCUGGCUAUUAUUGGGGAUAUGGUGUCUUGGUUGGUUAUUUUGUGAAUCAUCCAUUGUAUACUUCACCAAUUUAUGGGGAUGCCCAGAUUUACACUGGACUAGCUAUGUUCCUGUUCAAUGAGUAUGGCAACUUUGUUAUCCAUUGUGCAUUGCGGGAUUUGAGGCCUGCAGGUACUAAAGAGAGGAAAAUACCUUACCCCACCUCUAACCCCUUCACAAAGUUGUUCAGAUUUGUCUCCUGUCCAAACUAUACUUACGAGGUUGGCGCGUGGACGUCAUUUGCUGUGAUGACCCAGACUUUGUCAGUUGUCCUCUUCCUCUUGGCCGGAUUUUAUCAGAUGUCUGUUUGGGCAAUGGGCAAACAUCGAAACUAUCGGAAGGAAUUUAAAGAUUAUCCCAAAGGAAGAAAGGCGAUUUUGCCUUUUCUGUUGUAAAAAUGGAGAAAUAUUCUUUCGUAAAAGAUGAACAACUGUCUUGUUGGGAUUGUUCUAAUGAGAAACCAAAGAUAAAACAUUUCACCUCUAAGGUUACCACAAAGGACCGCGGAACGAUGAAAAGAGAAAAAAAUACCCAACUUUGGGAUAUUAUUUGAAUUAACACUUAAGUUCUCGCAACUGAAAUUGGAAGAAAUGUGAAGGAAACAGUAAAUGGAGCUAUAACUUAGAUCUUGAGGUGAAAAUGUCGUAGAUAAUACCUGGAGACAUUGUGUGGUGAAAUUUUGUUGAUUCCUGGGUAAUAUAUAUUAAAUUUUGUGGAAAUAUA